CGGGAGGAGGGAAAAAAACCUCAACAAACCCAACACUUAACCCCGCGGAAAAAAAAAGAAAAAACCCACACCGCAACCCAUCCUCCUGCACCCCCCUCCCUCCAACCUGACCCUUUCCGAGGGGGUCCCGCAAAGCUCAGGGGUCCCGGGGCCGCCUCCCGCCUCCCCCCCCGGUGCCUCCCUCCCCCUUUGUGCCGCCGCCGCCGCCGCUGUGAGAUGAAUUUUUAAUUAUUCCCCGGCAGAGGGGAAGGCGCGGAGCGGCGCGGAGCAGCGCGGAGACCCCCGGCCGCGUCCCCCCCCACAAAGGCGGGAGCUCGGCCCCUGCGGUGCGCUUCACCCAUCAGCCCUCCUGAAGAGCAGAACAGAGCACCCAGCCCCUGUCUCCUGUCUGGAGUGUCCCUUCAUCCCAGAACAACCAGUGACAUGUGAAAGGUCUGAGUCCUCUCCCUCUCCUGGGACACCAUGGAUGCUGAAGCUGUGCAGCCCCAGGAGGCUUCCCUGAUGGUCAAUGAGCAGGUUAUUGUCAUGUCCAGCCAUGAAACUAUCCGAGUGCUGGAAGUCGGCGUGGAUACCCCACUCUCAUCCGAGGAGGACCAGAAACCCUUGAAAAUGUCCCCAGGGGAGGUAACAGGAGGCUCCCUGGGAGAGCCCACUCAGGUGGGCAGAGCAGAUGGGCUGCCCAGCACCCAGAGCCCCUGCAGCGGGGAGGUGGCUGGAGAAAAAACCAAACUGGAAGCCAGAGCAUCCCCCAGCACCGUCCCCUCCAUCAGCACCUUCAGCCACACCACGAGCCAGCAGACACAGACAUUGGCCCCACUGGCCCUGCAGGCCACCCCACAGUAUUGCAGGUCAAGUGGCAGGUCAGCAGGGGCUGGCUGUGUGGACAUUUCCUACAGCAACGGUCGCUGCCCUCCCCGGAUUGACGGCUGCUUCUCCUACAGGGGGAAUUUUCAAAUCACCUGUAGCCAAUCUGCAAGCUGCCGCCGUGCUGAACGCCACCAUCUCAGCUCCCAUGCCUCCUGUCCCAGCCCUGCAGGCUGCAGUCCAGCCCCGAGCCCCCCUCCAGCCCCCCGGGAUGUUCCCAGCCUCAGCCAGCCAGCCCCCCAUCCUGCCACAGCCCGCUGCAGCACCAACCCCACCCGUGGCCAAGCCCUUGGAGCCCCAGACCCAGAUCACCGUCCAGCCGGCUGGAUUUGCCUUUAACCCUGGCAUAAUCAGUGCAGCUUCCCUGGGGGGCCAACCCCAGAUCCUGGGCUCCUUGGCAGCCACCCCCGUGAUCACCAACACCAUCUCCAGCGUGCAGGGCAUCACAGGCCAGAUCCUGACCAACGCCCAGGGCCAGGUGAUCGGGACGCUGCCCUGGGUGGUGAAUCCCCCCGGUAUGGCAGGAACCAGCCCUGCCCCAGCCACUCUGCCAGCCCAGAACCUGCAGGUGCAGGCAGUGACCCCGCAGCUGCUGCUCAAUGCCCAGGGCCAGGUCAUCGCCACGUUGGCUAGCAGCACCAUCCAGGCGGCUACCGUCAAGAAAACUGGCACUCCUGAGCCCCCCACCAAGAGUGAGGUGCAGCCCAUCCAGCCGGCCGUGGUGAUGGCAAACCCUGCCCCGGUGGCAAAAACCUCGGUGCCUGUCCCCAUCACCUGCACUGAGACCCCCACCAUCAGCCAGCUGGUCUCCAAGCCCCCAGCUCCCAACAGCACAGAAGAGGACGGGAUUAACCUGGAGGAGAUCCGGGAAUUCGCCAAGAACUUCAAGAUCCGACGCCUGUCCCUGGGACUGACACAGACACAGGUGGGACAGGCCCUGACAGCCACCGAGGGACCUGCCUACAGCCAGUCAGCUAUCUGCAGGUUUGAGAAGUUGGACAUCACCCCCAAGAGCGCCCAGAAGUUGAAACCAGUGCUGGAGAAGUGGUUGAGCGAAGCUGAGCUGCGUAACCAGGAGGGGCAACAAAACCUGAUGGAAUUCGUGGGGGGGGAACCUUCCAAAAAACGGAAGCGCCGAACCUCCUUCACCCCUCAGGCCAUCGAGGCUCUCAACGCCUACUUCGAGAAGAACGCCUUGCCCACGGGCCAGGAGAUCACUGAGAUUGCCAAGGAGCUCAACUACGACCGUGAAGUCGUCCGUGUCUGGUUCUGCAACCGCCGGCAGACCCUCAAAAACACCAGUAAACUCAACGUGUUCCAGAUCCCCUAAAGCAGGGGGGUGGGCGUGGGGACAUCUCCCAGCCCAACCUCCUCCUCCUGCCAUCAGCACUUUUGCCACCGCCUUUUGUCCCCCAAGCCCUGAGGUGGGUGCAGGGGUCUUUGCCCCCCUCACCGUGCCCGUGUGUCUCUCUCUGUCUCCUUCCCUCCACAUCACACAUGACCUAAGCGUGUUCACACUGGGUGUCAUGCCUGCCUCGUGUGUCCCCACGCCUGUGACGUGCGUGGGGACGGACCCUCUGCCUGCACGUGCUGCCUCUCCUGCUCCCCACGUGUAAACCACCCCCCACCUCCCCCUAGAGAAGUGAUUUUCAUUUUUGAGCCAUUUUCCCUUCUUUCCAAGGUAGUCUUGUGGCUCACUAGGGGUGAGCCCAAAUUUCCUGUCACUCCCCCUUGAUUUUGAGGCUCCUUUGCCCCCAGAGUGCAAGGGGCUGCUUGGUGUGACCUCCCCCACCACGGGGAUGAUGCUGUGGGUGUUGGUGGGGAUGUGAUGGGUUCCCCCCUGUCCCAGGAGGGGUUUGGUGGGGUGAAACCCAUCGCAGAGGCAGCACCCAUCCCCUCAACUAGGGUGCCAGGCAGGUUGGGGGCUCCAUCCCGUGCCUGGGGAGCGAUGGGGAGGGCUGGAGGGAGGAGGUUGAGAGCUUGGGGAGGGGAUGCUGGGUCACCGCGCCCGGGACAUGGCAGAUUGAUGCACUUGAUGUAGUGGUGUGAAAUAAACAGUAUUUUUUCU